AUGUCAUACUUUAGUUAAAAGCCUAACAGCUUUUUAAACAACAACAGCAGUGAUUUAAGAAGAGAUAUUGCUAUGAACGAAAUAUUUGAUUUAAAGGGAAAAUAGAAUCAUUAAUCUUCUUUGUUUGGAAGUAAUUUAUCUCAGUUUACUGGGAGUACAGCAGAGAGAAGUUUUUUAAAUUUAAAUGUUAGAGAUUCAAUUACUGCAGAAAAUAUUAAAUACUAGACUUAGCCAUAGAAUAUCAGCAUGUUUAAUAGUAAUAUUGCAGGUCAUAAUACAUACUCUCAAACAUCACAGCUAGCCUUCAAGUAGCCUACAUAAUAAUCAUUUUUAAAUUAUGAUAGCUUUAAUAACAAUAACCCAUCCCCAAACAAGGUAGCAUCUAUGUAAUCCUAGUAGCACCAAUAAAUUUCUUUUUUUGAUAUUGAUUUUGAUAAUGCAGAGGAUGGCACUGAUAACUUUUAUUACAGUUCCAAUUUUCAUGUGCAUUAAAACGAACUAAGAUCUAAUGCGAGUUAACAAUCUAAUAAACUAUAAUUAUAAAAAUUUAAAUAAGAGAUAAAUGGUUUAUUAUCUAACGAGAAUAGCAGAUAACCUUCAAGUAGAGAAAAUCAGGCAGACUAUUUCUCUAGUAAUUUAUCAAAUAAGAGAAACAAUUUUAGAUCUGUGGAUGGUUUAUAUGAAAAUCAAUAUUAAUAAAUUGGAGUAUACUCUCAUGAUAAUUCUUCAAAAGCUGCAGAUAGUCAGUUUGUAGGUUAACAAGGGACUAAAAAUUAUUAUAAAUUUUCAAAUUUAGUAGGGAACACUAGCUACUAGAAACCAUAAUAUGAAAAUCAUAGUUUAAUGCUAGAAAAUACAGAUGAUAGUUUUAUUUUUAGCAAAGAUAAAAUGAAAAAAAAUUCUAGAAGUUCAUCUAUCUUAGGUGAUAAUCUGUUUUCUACUUAAAACUAAUAAUACGAUUUAAAUUCAAGUUAUAUAUAACCUCAUAGCGUUUAGAACACUGUUAGAAGUAGUUUGCUUACAUUAAAUUCCAAUUCAAAUUAAUCAAUUAACUAAGGCUUUAGAUAUAGAACUCAAUAUUAGAAUAGCUCUGAAAGUAAAAAAAAAAACGAAUUUGAAAGUAAUUCAAAAGAUGGAGGUUAUAAGGUAGGCUAAGAUUUUGCAAAAAAGCUAAGAUUACAAAAAUGUGAAAGUACAGGUGAUUUUUAAGUGAGCUAGUUUUAAUAAACUUAAACAAAAUCUCCACUAUCAAAUAAUGCAAAGAAUUAAAGUUUAUAAUAAUAAAAUCAAAAUAGGAGCUAAAUUACUAAUGCUGAUCAAAAUUAAGUCGGAGUUUAUAAAUAAGGUUCAUAAAAAUAAUAUUAACAAAAUAAUUCUAAAGCUUAAACAGAGGAAAGUACUAUUUAUAUCCCUACAUAAGAAACAAAAAGCUCUUACAGCACUCAUAAUUUUGAUUCUACUGAGUCUGCUGAAAAAAAUCAAACAUAGAAAGAGGAUCAAUAAAAUAAAAUGAGUCAAAAUAAUCAAUUUUCCAAAUAAUGGGAAGAACUAAAUUCUUUUAAAAAGAAUGCAGCACAAGAAGAAUAAAAAAGUAAAGAAUUAACUGAGAAAUUAAUUUAAGGUGGCUCUACUUCAAAAAUCGACUUCAAAUCAAUAAAAUUAUCACGCACUCCCCUAUAAACAAUAGACAUAAAAUAAUAAUUAGCAAAUAUUGAUUAAAAAGCAAAAUUAGAAGCCUAUGGAGAAUCAAUGUAACCUCCAGAACUGACUAAAGUAGAAUAGUUUGUUCCAUAACUCCUUUAAAAAAAUUCUAUUAUUUAAAGUAUAAAAACACCAUCAAACUAAGAUGAUCGAUAACAAUAAACUUGUUAAGGAGAUUAAAAUACUGAAUAAAAAUCUAAUCAAAAUAUGAACACAAACAAUGAAAGUAUAAAAUAGAAUGAUGAUAGUAUAAACGAUAACAAAAAAAAGUAAUCUUCAACUAUUAAUAAUUAGAAAAUAAACAUUUAAUAAAAUGAAUAAAAGAAAAAUGAUCAACCAACUUAAAAGGGAAAAAAUUAGAUAGAGGAAAAUAUUAAUUAAAAAAAUAUAAGCAAAGUCUAGUAAUAAGAGGAAAUUGUCAAAUAAAGCUCAACAACUUAAGAAUAAAGUUAAAAAUUAGUAGAAAUUAAGUCAAAAGAAUAAAAUAAAAAUGAAAUUAAAACUUAAAAUUAAGCUAAAGAUAAACCAAUUAAAAAUCUAGUUCAAGUUUAGCAAAAAAAAGAAAAUUAAGAAAUUAAUGAGGUAGAAACUGUUAAGAAAUCUAAAAACAAUAAUGUUAUUGAGAAAAUAGAAUAAUCACAUGAAGAAAAGAAUUAGCAGAGUGAUAAAGAUUAAACUUAAAAAUAAAAUGCAACAACUAAAAACUAAUAAAAUUAGUAAUUAAUUACAUAAAAAACUUAAAAUUAAGACGCACUGGAACAAAAGCCUAAAUCUGAAGCUGAAAAUCCUAGUAAAAAAUAACUUUAAAUAAAUUUAAACAAUAAUUAAAUAAAAUAAUAAAACACAGAAAAUGCAUCUGCAUAAAACUCUUCAAGAUAGUAAGUUGAUAUUUAAGGAAUAGUUUAAAAUAUUAGAUCUAUUAAGGAGGAUUUAAAGCAAAAAAGAAAUAAUAGGAAUGCUUAAGAAGAAAAUGUAAGCAAAAGUAGUGCAAAUGUAUUAUAAACUGAUCCUUCCUCCACUCCUUCUUUUUAACUUGCCACUUAGUAGCUACAAGAAUUCAGUUAGAUCAAUUAAAAAGAGAAUAACUCUCAUAUCGAAUCAUUAAAAAAUGAAAUAUUUUCAGAUUUUGGAAAAAAAGGUAAAGAAAUGGAGCAACAAGAUUUUCCAAUGAUUGAAGAAGAGUAGAUUUAACCAGAAAAUUAAAUUUUAAUUGAAAAUAAUCUAAAUCCUUAGAAGAACAAAAAUAAAUUCCAAAUGGAUGUGAUAGAAGAAGAAAUAAGAACAAAAAAUACAAGUUAAGAAUAGAUAAAUACAAGAACCUCUAUAAUGUCAUUUGUACAAGAUCAAAAUGCCUAAUAAGUUGAAGAAGAAAAUUAAAUCGAAGUUAGUUUUAAUGGUAUGAAUAAUGACAUGGAGUAUGUAAGCAACCAAAAUAUUAACGAUGAGCAAACACCAUCAGCUAACAAUGAAAACCAAGUUUUUGCUUUAGAGGCUGAGUAUAGUGAUGGAGAUUAAUUAGAAAAAUGUAAUGAAAUUUUAUAAAAAGAACUUUCUCUAGAUCUUAUUAUGAAAUACUAAUCUCUUCUAAACGAAGCAAGUAGAGCUUCAGUUAAAAAUCUGCCUCUUCAGUACACUAAAGAAAUGGUCAACUUAGCAUAUUGUAUAUUACAAACAGUUAGAAACUGCUCAUAAAUUCCAAAAGAUUCAGACGAAGAUCAAGAAUAACAAUUUUGA